AUGACGACGAUGCAUCCGAGUCGUACCGAGAGGCAGCGGCAGGACCUGCACACUGCAAGUGACCUGGAUCGUCGCAUGAACGACCUUGCAGCGGCGGAGUUGUAUGAACAGAUAUUACUAGGCUGCGUGCGGGCCGGGAUGAAUCCUAAUGAGAAGAGCGAAGAAGAGGAAUAUGAAGGGUACGUGGCUCCUACAUUUGACCCUGUGCAGGGCGCUCGGGUGGCUGCGGCGAAGCGGUCGCAACUCGCUAAAACCUACCAUGAGCGUGAGAGCAUCAUUCGCAAUCUUCGAUCCUCACCGCAGCAUCAGCAGCUCGGCUCUUUUGACCGCCUCUUGACAGAGACGGAGUACUGGACAGGGGUGAGGGAGUGGGGCGGUGAAAAUGGGGGCGGCAAUAGCAAGCGCCUGCGCUCCCGCCACGGGGGCAAUGCAGAUGAGGACUCAGUGGGUUUUGACCUCCUGCACCUCACCGAGACCCCGUCAUACAUACGGGGCAAACUGCGGCCGUACCAAAUUGAGGGCGUGAACUGGCUGCUGGGCCUUUUUUCUUGCAAUAUAAACGGCAUUCUGGCGGACGAGAUGGGCCUUGGCAAGACGCUGCAAACCAUCGCGACUCUGGGGUACCUAAAGUUCACCUACGGACUCCCCGGACCACAUCUUGUGGUCUGCCCGAAGUCUGUCAUGGGCAACUGGUACCGGGAACUCAAGCACUGGUGCCCGGCCCUUAACGCCUUCAAGUUCCACGGGUCCAGUGAGAUUCGUCCACAGCUGAUAAAGUCACACCUUCAGCCGUACGAAAAGUUAAAAUACGACAUUGUUGUGACCACGUUUGAGAUGGUACUCGAGGAGUUGCCUACGUUUAAACGCAUCCACUGGCAGUAUUUAAUUGUAGACGAGGCCCAUAAACUCAAAAAUGAGGAGGGCCGCGCCCACACUGCCUUGGAUUCCCUGUGCACGAAUCAUCGCCUUAUUAUCACCGGAACUCCAUUGCAGAACAAUCUCAAGGAGCUAUGGGCCUUGCUGCACUUUCUUGCCCCUCGCCUCUUCGACAACGCUGAAGCCUUUGAGGCCUGGUUUGACACCUCAAGUGGUCAACAGGAUAGUAAUGCCAUGUCAAACAUGCACAAGAUACUUGCUCCUCUUAUGAUCCGUCGUGUAAAAUCGGAAGUUAGCACUGGUAUUCCACCAAAGAGGGAAAUUUACGUCGCCUGCAAGUUGACUAAAACGCAGCGGAAGUGGUACAUGCAUGUAUUAGCGAAGGAUGCCGAAGCACUCAACAAGGCGUCUGGAGGAAGCAUGUCUUCUCUCACGAAUAUCUUGAUGAACUUGCGCAAAGUUAUUAAUCACCCAUAUAUGAUGAAUGGUGGGGAGGAAGGGCCACCGUUUAUCACCGAUGAACGCAUUGUGAAAUACAGUGGAAAAAUGUUGAUUCUCGACAAAUUGCUUUUUCGUCUCAAACGUGAGGGGGAGGCGAAACACAAGGUUCUCAUCUUCUCACAAUUUACCACCAUGUUGGACAUCCUGGAGGACUACUGUGCGAUGCGUGGAUUCCGAGUGUGUCGUAUCGAUGGCAACACAAGUGGGUACGACCGUGACGCUCAAAUGGCCGCCUUCAACUCACCCAACAGUGAUUACUUUAUUUUCUUACUCUCCACCAGAGCGGGAGGACUUGGUAUCAACCUGCAGGCGGCAAACCAUGUUGUUAUCUACGACUCGGACUGGAAUCCGCAGAUGGAUCUACAAGCGCAGGAUCGGGCUCAUCGAAUUGGUCAGAAACGUGUGGUACGGAUAUACCGCUUUAUAACAGAGGGCACGGUGGAGGAAAAGAUUUACCGCCGCGCACUAAAAAAGCUCUACCUUGACGCAAUGGUAGUUCAGCAUGGGCGUAUGCAGAGGCGUGGUGGAAACAAUGUCUCCAAAGAGGAACUUCUUUCCAUGAUCAAGUUUGGUGCAGAAGAGAUCUUCAAGACCAAGGAUGAGGACAUUACGGAGGCUGACAUUGACCAACUCUUCGAUGGGGAAGAGAAGUCCAAGCAGAUUAACUCGGCUAUGAAGGAACAGGUUCAAAUGUCAUUGGCAAGUUUUCAACUUGGUGCAGAGGAAGCAAAUGUCUACGACUUUGAAGGCGUAAGCUUCAAGGCCGGUGUCGAGUCGCGCAUGUUGCACCUUUCACUUCCAAGCCAGGUCUCACAGGACGAACUGCACCGGCAAUGUUCUAGACACGGUGAGGUAAUAAAGGUUGUGUUGCACCCAAACCUCUCCGAAGCCCUUGUUUUUUUUCGCUCCACAAGUGGCGCCAUUGAGGCCAAGGAUAACCUGCCGUAUGAGUGUCAAUUCGCCGCGAAGGAUGCGCAAAUGGUUGUACCCACGGAAGUGAUCACGGAAUAUCUAAGCGUUGGUGAGAAACUCGGGCGUGGUCACCGUUUGCGGGAGGCGAUUCGCCACUAUACAGAGGAGGACGUGGAACGUAUGCAGAGCCGCGCCACAAAAGCCCCGCCCUUACGCCUUCCAAGGUGCCCCAAAUUUCCCCCGCAUCAACUGUACAAUGCCAAGCGGCUACAGGAGCUCCACGCAACGGAGCUUGCUUUGAUGGUGCAGAAUUGGAAACGAAAAUACGAACCCUCGGGCGACGGCGCUGCGGAGCAGCAGGAGCAUCAGGAAGGCCUAGAGGCAGAAGCGACGGAUCGCAACACGGGGAAGGAGGAAGUGGAGGAGGAGGACGAGACACUGACGAUCGUGGAGCAGGAAGAGCGGGAGCGGCUACUUAAUGAGGGGUUCUCAAAUUGGAGUCUUCAAGAGUACCGUCGCCUUGUUGGGGCACUCACCAGCGGUGCGUAUGACGUGACGGAUUACCCGGCACUAGCGAGUGCCAUUGCCUCUGGCAAGACAGUGGGGGAAGUGCGUGAUUACUUGACGGCUCUUCUUGAGCGUGGGGCACAGUGUAUUAAAGGAUUUUUACACGUUGAACAGCGCAUCAGGAACGCUCAGGAGAAGCGCAAGAGGAAAGAGGAUGAACUGCGUGCCGCCACAUGGAAGGUUGAGAGCUACGAUCAUCCGGAGUCACAACUCACCUUCAGGGGACGCGGAGCUCAUGAAUUUGAUCGUCGGCUUUUCCUCAUGGCGUAUGACACUGGUUUCCGAGUGAAGAAUAUAGGCAGCGUCGUGAAGGGGAUGCCAGAGUACCGGUUUGACGUGUGGUGCCAAUCAAGAAGCGACACCUACUUUGAGCGUCGGGUGGGGAUUUUGAUGAAAGCGGUGAGAAGAGAGUGGGAUAAACCAAACGGCGAGGCGCUGGAUCCGCCACCGCGGCGCCCGAAGCUGGACGCUGCCGCAAACAAUUAA